AUGAAGUUCCUUCAUAUCUUACCUGUUAUAUUGCCAGUAGCCGUAGCUCAAACCAGCUGCGAACAGUAUGCAGUGUUUUCCGGUGGUAAUGGCUACUCAGUCAGCAACAAUCUCUGGGGGCAAUCAGCCGGUAGUGGCUUCGGCUGCAUCACCGUGAACUCACUCAACUCGGCUGCCUCCUGGCAUGCAGACUGGCAAUGGUCUGGUGGCCAAAACAACGUCAAGUCUUACCCCAAUGUCCAGAUCAGCAUUCCCCAAAAGAGAAUCGUCAACAGCAUCGGCAGCAUGCCCACUUCUGCUAGCUGGAGCUACACGGGGAGCAACCUUCGCGCUGAUGUAGCUUAUGAUCUCUUCACUGCAUCAAAUCCCAACCAUGUGACUUAUUCCGGAGACUAUGAGCUUAUGAUCUGGCAAGUCGCUGAGACCUUCUUUUCCGAUGAUUGA